CAUUCAAACAUCCUGGAGGCUCUCAGAACAACCAGUAAACAUAAAAAGGAUGGUUUCCUCUUAACACCGGCCUCCUACGAGCAACUUCUGUUUUGUUAAGAUACCGGAGGGUGGUGAGGUCACCGUUCACACUCCUUAUCUUCACAGACAUUUAAAGGAUUUCUGUUUUGCUAAAGUCUGACUUGAGCAUCAGGUGUCUGAGGGCCUGUUACAGAAGAAUUGAUGGAGACGGGCCCAAAGCCAGACCCAGAGUCUGAGGAGCAGGGCCCGGACAACACGGUGGUUGGGAGUCUGGACAUGUCCGGGUUCGAGGUGACCACUGACCGCCUGGAGCAGCUGAUGAAGAGCAUGGAGGUGCUGCUGUCGGACGUGGAGCAGCUGCGGGGCCACUGCAGCCACCAGGCCACCGAGCUGAUGCGCUCGGCAGUGGACCUGAGGCAGCAGCAGGAGGAGAUGAAGGAGAGUUACUCCCAGCUGUCCCGGGAAAUGCAGGAGAUCAUGGACACAGUGGACGACCUGUUCAACACCAAGAGCGCCUUUGAAGCAAAGGAGAAGCAAACAGAGAAGCUGAACCGGCAGCUCUGAGGCACAGGGGCGGACUGACAGACUUAUUUAUGGGUGGUGGUUUUGGAUCGGGAUGUGUGAGUGAACAUUUGGAAGGAGUGAGUUUCGGAGGUGGUGUGUUACGCAGAGGUUUUCAUGGAUUUGAAUGAGACUUAUUAAUGGAAUUAUAUAAACGUGUGAAAUUAGUAAUUGUCUGACAACCACGCUCAACUUGGUAAAAAUGCACGAGUCUGUAUUACUAUGCUUAGUCCAGUAAUUUAAUACAAUGCAACACCUCAAAAAUAACUAUAUUAAUAAUAAUAUUAUGUCAAGUCAUAAUCAAAUAAAUAUAUCAGGAUAUAUAUUUCAAGUUUAGUGUUUUUUUAAGUUGAUUGUCUUUAUUUUUUCAGUAGUUUAAAAUUAAUUAAAAAGAUAUAUGUUGGGUUCAAAAACACAUUCAAACCAUAAAAGAAUUAAAUAAAAUUGGUCAGAAUCCAACUUUUCAUUGCAUAAAGUUAAAUCUUCCCCUUUUCGGCACAGGUUUAAUAAAACUAAAUCUUUAUGACCUUAACAAAGGUGUUAUUUGUUGCAUUGCUUUCGUACUAGAUGACUGUGCAGUUGUCUUUAACACAGGGUGAUGAUGAGACUGUAUAAACUUUGUGUCAACAAAUCAUUUACUUGCAUUUAUGCUGUCAUCAGUUUUAUUUCCUGCACCUCGCACAAACACACACGUAGUUAUUUUCACGCAGGCAUUCUGCAUUCAUAACGACUAAAGUAUAUCUUAUACUCUCCUCUGCCUUCUGGCAAAGGAAUGUUUCUUUCCACUGAUUCCCGCUGGUAUAUCUUCUAUAUUCUCUUCCCGUAGUCAACUGUGGUUUCUCACUUAAAAUAAAUCUAAAUACAGCCUUGGGGCGAUGUUUACCUCCCACCAGCACGGGGUCUGUGUUUAGUGGUUAUGAGACGUGCAAAGGGGACAAUCAGUGGACGGCAAUGUGGGCAAAAAAAAUCAAUCAAUCUUUCAUCCUACAUCACAUUUCAAUGGUUUUCUUAUGUGAUAACCUUCUGAAAAAUUAUUGCUUUCACAGUUGAAACUCAUGCAUGAAACCAUUAAAUUACUUGUGCUCAAAAAACGUCUUGUUUUUCUUCUUCUUCGUUCAUUUUUACACUAGGACAGAAAAAUAAAGAGUCGUAUCAAAACUUGUAAAACUAAAUAAAUUCACAGCCCGAGGGUCUUAACUUAAGACAUUUUGUUCCACUGAGGAAAUAACAGCUUAUAUUCAUCUUCAAAAAAAGAAGUCAGAACCUUUUUGGAAGGGGAAAAAAUACCCAGUUUCCCUCCUGUGGUUGAAACCUGACACGUUAUGGGGCUGCAGUGUGUGUGAGUGGAGGUGAAGAUAGAAAACUGGGUGUCAUUCAGUUCCCUUCACUCCUGAGCUGCACAUCCUUCUGGACGACUGGUCGACCAGCUGCGAAUUCACUUUGAGAAGUUCUGCAGUGGAUCCUGGUGAACAUGAAGAUGCUGUUAAUCCUUGGUCUCCUGCAGCUGCUGGCCGUACCUGCCUUCACUGUGACGCAGCCGACCCAUGACUACUGGGGAGAGUUCGGAGCCUAUGGGCCCUGCAGCCGCACCUGCGGCACAGGAGUCACCAUGAGAACCAGGAAAUGCAUCACAUCCAGAACAGACGGAGGACAUAACUGCCUGGGAUCAUCCAAAUCCUUCCGAACCUGCAACACACAAGAAUGUCCGGCUGGGUCCAGGGACUUCAGGGAGGAGCAGUGCUCCCAGUUUGACAGAGGGGACUUCCAGGGCAAGCACCGCACAUGGGUGCCUUACUACGGAGCAUCCAAUCCAUGUGAGCUGAACUGUGUCCCGAGAGGAGAGAACUUCUUCUAUCGACACAGACCUGCAGUGGUGGAUGGGACACCUUGUUACGUGGGCCGCACGGACAUCUGUGUGGACGGCUUCUGCAGGGUACUGAACCAUGGAGAGUUCAUGGGCUUGGAUGAGGACAUUAAUUCUGUGCACUCGGCUGCUCCUGUCGCUGUCGCUCCUCACCCAAGUGAGACGCUCACGUACAUCUACAAAACCGGCGUCUACGGCGAGUGCUCGGCCUCCUGCAGUGGAGGCAUGCAGUAUCGCAGCGUGGAGUGCUGGGUUCAGGACCCGGUGAACCCCCGUGUGGUGGAGGGGACCCACUGCAUCACCCAGCGCCUGCAGAGGCCUCAGAGUCAGCAGGCCUGCAACAUGCAAUCAUGUUCUGCUGAGUACAGUGUCUCCAGCUUCAGUGUGUGUUCGGUCACCUGUGGGGAAGGCCAGCAGACAAGGGAGGUGAACUGUGUGGGACCAAGAGGUGAACAUCUGGGCGAUCACUCCUGUAGUGGACUGGCACGACCUGCCUCUACCCAGGCGUGCCGCAGGCCUGCCUGUCACACUCGCAUCACCUGGCACGUGACUGACUACGGCCUGUGCACUCGAAGCUGUGGUGGGGGCGUGAGGGAGAGGAGGGUCGGCUGUUUCGAUACAGAUUUGAACCCGUACCCUGAAGCCCGGUGUGGAUCAGCGAGCAGGCCUGUCUCUGUGGAGGCGUGCAACUCGCAGUCGUGCCCUGGAACGCAAAUGGUCCCAAGUGUGCAGGAUCCAAGGAGACAUGAAAGCACAAUGAGAGGAUUUGUUCCCCAUGUUCCAUCAGGAGACCCCUCAGCUACUGGAUCUCAAACCACUGCCUACGAACUCUACCCGUCCGUGGUCGGCCCUCACUGUGCUCAGUCAUCUUAUGGCUGCUGUCCUGACGGCCACACCUCUGCCACCGGACCCAGGAACCAGGGCUGCACCCAGGAUGACUGUGUUGGCAGCAGGUAUGGCUGUUGUUUGGAUGGGGUGACUCGAGCUCAAGGAUUUGGAAGAGCUGGAUGUCCUGAGUACCAGACAACUGUGGAUCGCCCACUUUCACCUCCUGCCGCUCCGUCCCCUGGGAACGUGUGCUCCCUGCCUCGAGAUGAGGGGAUCUGUGACACCUGGAUGGUUCGGUUCUACUAUGACUCAGGCAGCGGUAAAUGCACUGAGUUCUGGUACGGAAGCUGUCAGGGCAAUGCCAACAACUUCAUGUCCCUGGAGGCGUGCCAGAGAGAGUGUGGGCAAGUGGUGAGGGAGCCCCCGCCUCCACCUCGAGUAGGGGCCCCCCCGAGGAGAGCUUCACUCAUGGGUGCUCUUAGAGCCAGGGCAUAACCAUGUGCACAUCUGAUACCUCCAGUACGUAUAGGAUGACUAGAUUGUCCUUGUUAUGAUGCAAUUUGUAUACAUAUAUACUAUAUAUUUACUAAGAUACACAUAACUAUGUACUGUGAAACUUACCACAUCCCACAUUUAAUUUAAACAUCAGGAAUACAUUUAAAAUGAUCUAAAUACACUCACAUUAUACAAUCACAGCUCUCGAGCUUGAAUUUAUUUUAUUAUUUUAUUUUUGGCAUUUUGUUUGUAACACUCAUUUGUGUUUUCCCUUCAUUGUUCAGAGUAAAAUAGAAUUGUGUCAUGAUAAAAGUUAAAUCAUGAACCUAAUAAAAUU